GAUAAUAGGAUCCAUGAUCCAAUGCCAUGAAAAAAGUUUGACCCACCCAAAAUCUUGGGGAAAAAGAAAAAAAUAACAAGUGAAAAAUCCCAUCGUCUCCUCAAUCUCUCACCACAAGAUACCAAAUAACCAGAAUAAACACACACAAAACUGUCUAAUAACAGCUUUGUGAGUGUGGAAGAAAUUAAUCGAUCAAUUAUUUCGAUCAAUUAAUUCCAUCUUCCCGAAGCUUCAGUACUCAAUUUCCUCCCCAUUUUUCUGAAUAAUUUCUGGGUGUUUUUUUUUGGGGAUAAUGGCUACAAAAGCGCCACCAAUCACAGGUUUGCGUUUGGCUGCCUCUGCGCCAUCUACAACAAACGCUGCUUCUCAUAGGCUGUCUGUGGUUAGAGUUUGCAUGAGGUCUUCUUUCUUCGGUAACAAUGUUGGAGCAUUGAGAUUGAGUGGAGUUCAGUUACAACAUUCUAAUAGGUCUAGGUGUAAUGGGCACGCUGGCGGUUCUCUUGGUUCACAAAUGAACCUCUUUGAUCGAUUUGCUAGAGUUGUCAAGUCGUAUGCAAACUCGAUUCUAAGCACUUUUGAGGACCCGGAGAAAAUUCUAGAACAGACUGUUCUUGAGAUGAAUGAGGAUUUGACCAAAAUGCGACAGUCAACAGCGCAGGUAUUGGCAUCUCAAAAGCAAUUGCAAAAUAAGUGUAAAGCCGCAGAGCAAGCUUCAGAAGAUUGGUAUAAAAGGGCACAACUUGCACUUAGCAAAGGGGAGGAAGACCUUGCUCGAGAAGCUUUGAAGAGACGCAAAUCUUAUGCUGAGAAUGCUAGUGCUUUGAGGUCUCAGCUUGAUCAGCAAAAGAAUGUUGUUGAAUCUCUUGUCUCAAAUACUAAGCUCUUAGAAAGCAAGAUACAGGAGGCAAAAUCAAAGAAAGACACGCUCAAAGCACGUGCUCAGUCUGCAAGGACUGCUACCAAAGUAAGUGAGAUGGUGGGAAAAGUGAAUACAAGCGGUGCUCUUGCUGCUUUUGAGAAAAUGGAAGAAAAAGUGAUGGCCAUGGAAUCAGAAGCCGAUGCACUUAAUCAAUUAACCAGUGAUGACCUUGAAGGAAAGUUUGCAUUACUGGAAGGCUCUUCUGUUGAUGAGGACUUAGCUAGCUUGAAGAGGGAAUUAUCUGGGAACUCGAAGAAAGGAGAGCUUCCUCCAGGUAGAACAACGGUUUCGAGCUCAAAGUCAGCUGCAUCGCCCUUUAAAGACAUGGAAAUCGAGUCAGAGCUAAAUGAGCUCCGAAGAAGAGCUAGUGAUUAUUAGAAUUUGGUUUAUAGUUUUCAUAAUUUUCUUUGUAUAAAUUAUUUUUCUAAAUCGCGGUUUUUUUGUGAUGCUGGUACAUUAUUAAGCUUACAAUCUAGGAAGAGAGAUGAAAUUUGGAAUACAAUACAAGCUUAUGAAAUACAAGUAAUGAAUUAACCUUUGUAAAUGCAACAGUAUUUCCGGUGUU